UUGCCGGUAAACUACUAACGCACAUGUGUGUCCACCUCUUGAAACAUCUCUAGUGAAGCACCAACCGACCCCUGCUGCAAAACGGUACAGUGACAGGGGGUUGAAGAUAGUGUUGCGAGGGCAACUAUGCAAACAGUUCUCCCAUUUCCCCCCCUAGAGGCGCACACGCACACCUCGUAUCUAGGCUAUCUUUAGCCUACCUGUUGGUGGACAAAAUCGAGUACACACGCGGGAACGCUGAUGACAAAUCGUCGUACUCGCUCGGGCGCGCGCUCACACACAGUAACACGGGGACACUUGAUAAGUAAAGUCGCACCGAGCCGGUAGUGUCGUCGAUCGUAGUGGAGAUUUUUGUAAUUAGCGACAGUUGUUAGCCACAUCGAGUUCCGGAUACAUCGCACCGUAACCGUUCCGUCAGUGAUCAGUGCGCAAUUGAACGAUCAACCCUUAUCAACCCGCUUAUCCGCUACGGAAUAAACCAACUGGUGUUUGGUGCGAUCACGAUUGCACGAUGCUCCAUCAUCAUCAACAUCUGGCCGUGUUCGUGACCUGAACACACAUCCACACCUGCCGUCUGUUGCCACUGGACAAUCGCACCUACACAGUAUCAGUUACCACCCUCUCGAAGACAGACCGGCCGAGAAAGAAAAACGCACAAGAAAAGCAAAGCUCAACGCCACCCUCAACGAGAGUGCGUGUGGUGAUAGCUGUGAGUGUGCUUUUUGGGGGGACUACUACGGGGCGGGAUAAAAACAAACACGAUUCACCGCACAUACGAACAAAAAACCUACUCUCCCUCCCCCAGGCUUGUUCGAAUCUAAUCAGCCAAAAAGCCACCAGAAGCUGAUACAGCCCACAAAAGCACUAGGCCUUUUAGGGGAGACUAGGGGAGACUUGCGAGGGCGCGCUACGGAACGUUUUAUUGUUUUAACACAGUCUGGCGCAGGGUGCGCGCAUUUUCGGGUCGGCUUCUGCGGACCAUUUCGCGCGGUGGUACGGUCAGAAAAUGUGGUAACGCGUCCCGGGACGGUUCGUGGUUUUGCGUUCUGGUUACGGUUUGUGGACGAACGAAAAGUUCUCUCUUUACUGUGUGCGGUAAAAGAUUAAACAACUUUUCGUAGUGAAACGGUCGUGAUUUAUGGGGAAGUUUUGGUGAAGUUUUCUACUUUAAAGUGUGAUACAUCGCAAACAAGUUAAGUGUCCAAAGCUUAAGGGUGGGUCAUACUGUUUCCUUACCGAACGCGAGAAAAGGGAGAAAAAUAGAAAACAAAAUAAUUUCAAUCAUACUAACGAGUGAAGCAAAAAACUUCCGAUCGAACCCGACCGUACGUUCCUCUGCAUUCGAUUGAAGUUGCAGCGGCAGAAUCAUCCGUUACGAGAUAAUCAGGGUGGCCGGCAUAAGAUGGGAUUCUCCUGCACACUGUGUGGACUUGGUCCACGGAUGACCGUGUUCGUAAUAGGCACGAUCACGCUGGUAUUCUCCUUGCUAAUGGCUGGGUUAGCUACGACAGCAAUACUGGCAUACAACUGUGAGAUCGACAUGACUGAUUCGAAGGAAACGUACGGUCUCUAUUUGUUUUACUUCCGCUCCGACGAGUGUGGCCCGGUUGAUCUUCGGUAUCUUGGCAUUAACGUCAACGUUACUAUUCCAUUCCCGGAAACGACCGAUGCCGUUGAGCGUACGUUUGUGUUUGCCAUCGUAGCUGCAGCACUGCAUGGCGCAUUGGCCGUUACGACGGUACUAUUGUUCGGUACGAUGUGCGUUUCAUGCUUGGGCCGCAGUUGCGUGGUAGUUGGAUUCUAUCCCUGGAUUCUUGCCAUGUUCCUUGUGCUAGCGCUGGAUGUUACCGGAUUCGUAACAUAUUUGAUCGAUUUCAUCAAUGUCAUGGAUCUUGAUGGUGUAAUAGACCUACUGGAACUGGACGACAACAGUAUCGUACGGCAGGUAUUGGGGCAGGUGGAUGAUAUCUACUAUAUCGCACCGUCCCUCUUCAUGUGGCUUGCGUUCAGCAAAGCCGUACUGUUUUGGUUUAUGUUUCUCGUUUUCCUGGCCGUCAUCAUCAGUCUCUCGAUGACGCUGUGGAAAGAAAACAAACCGGCCCCAUCGUACAAUGAAUCGAUGCAACCACGGCAGGUGAUGCAUCCUACUAGCCCACCGGUGGAUAUGGAAGAACCGCACAACGCUACGGCACGUUACUUCGAUCAAGCUCCCCAGCAGCAGCAACCCACUGUUCAUCAACAGCAAGCGCAUGAACAUUUGCCUCGUAUUUAUCCACCGAUGCCACCGCCAAAUCAGCUGCAGUUGCCUCACUCCGAUCCGAACGUACGGCGCACGGUGGAACCGUUGAAUGAUGCGUACGAUAAUGGUAGCUUCCGGGAGGAUAGCUUGCCGUACCUGCCAGCACCGGCACAAGAACCAACCGUACCUAUGCCGCUGCACGUGAAGCAAACAGUCGAUCCGUACACGGACAAACGUUUCUCGUAUUUGCCGGGACAGCCGGCACCAUUCUCGUACCUUGCCGGGCCACCAUCGGGCAACAGUCCGCGAAGUUCGGUAACGGCACCACCGGAAGUGCGCAAUCAACUACCAUGGUCGUACUUCCCCGCAACGGACGAGAAGAAAGCGGCCAGCAAACGAUUCACAUCCACACUGACGGAGGAGAAAGAAUUCCCCGGUGAGGAGAAACAACUGCCAACGCUUAAGCCCGGUGCAUUUCCGGACGAUCGGUCCAGCGUGACAACGGAUGAAGGAAAGUGGAGUGGACCUGAGUACAAAUACUAGUCACAAUUCGCUUCCAUCGCUUUACAUGGAUUAAGUAUUUACCGCCAUGGGGCUCACAGAGGCUAGAAUGGGGCCGCUCGCCCUCGGUCAGCUGCUAGCUGGCUGUUAUUUUUGUAAAUAUCUCUAUUAUCUUGUUUAAAGCCCGAAAGACACUGUACUUUAGCGCGAGAUGGUCACGGAACAUGUGACCAUUUAUUUUACACGCCUUUAGUCAUAGUAGCAAUAAUGUGCAGCAAAUCAACACAAUCACGACCCAGGGAGGCUUAGCCUCCCGGUGGACUGGUGAAAUCUUAAGGAAAACGAGUAUACGAACACACCGAAAGAAACAGCGUUAACAAUAGUAUUGAAAAUGGUGAUAAAAUUAUAGCGAGAGUGUGAAAAAAAGAGUGGAGAUACGUAUGCGCUGCGUAAGCCGUCAUGUCGAUGUGUAAAACGAGCAUUUUAAAGUAAAAUAUACGGGUUAUAAUAAACUGUUAUUAAAUGUGUUUUUCGAUCAGGGUUUCCGGACGGCUCGGUAACCACUCAUCUCUUCGCCUUCAUUGCCAAGGUAAUGCUACGAUACGACACAGAAAUCCAGCUUCUACAGGAAUUACCGUGUUACUUUGUGGUUGCGGAUAGUAUAAACUACCACCUACAGGUUCAAGGACUGGCUGCUAUUCUUACCACACUUCUAAACACAAUAAUGUGGCUAAAUUGGGGACAUCGAGUUCGAUAUCUAGCGAAUACUGUGAGGGCGAGCGAAUACUGUGAGACUAGUCCAGGGUUUUUGGAAGAGCUAAUUCAUACCUAGAUUUACAUACCAGGAUACAGAGAGACAUCAGCAAACAUUAUGGAAAGAACAAACAAGGCUAGUUUUAACCAUAACCAUAAAAGCUUCAUUUGCUGGAAGUCAUACUUCUAUUCUUUGAUAUUAAAAUAGAUAAAUUAAAAA